GAUUUCAAAAAGUUCUUUGCAGAAGAAUAUUUGACCAGAACUAGAAGAUCAUGAUGACAAGAUUCAUCUGCCUAAUGCUAAUAGCUGUUGUGGGAGCGAGCAAAACACAGGAAUUUGAAGGCAAUGAUGAGGAAACAGAACAAGAAUUCAUUUAUAUGAACAGACACAAGCGAUCCAGUGACACACAGGACAAAUGCACUUACACCUUUAUCGUACCUCAACAGAGAGUGACAGGUGCCAUUUGUGUUAAUUCUAAGGAGCCUGAAGUUCUACUUGAAAACAGGGUAAAUAAACAAGAAUUGCAGUUACUUAACAAUGAACUUCUGAAACAAAAGAGACAAAUAGAAACUCUCCAGCAACUGGUGGAGGUGGAUGGUGGGAUUGUUAAUGAGGUUAAACUCUUAAGAAAAGAGAGCAGAAAUAUGAAUUCUCGUGUCACACAACUCUAUAUGCAGUUACUACAUGAAAUUAUCCGAAAACGUGACAACGCCCUAGAACUUUCUCAACUUGAGAAUAAGAUUUUGAACCAAACCGCAGAUAUGUUGCAGCUUGCAAACAAGUACAAAGACUUAGAGCACAAGUACCAACAUUUGAUGUCAAUCGCCAAUAAUCAGUCAAUAAUAAUUGCCCAACUGGAAGAACACUGUCAAAGAAUGCCAUCCACAAAGCCACUGCCACAACCUCCACAGCCACCAAAUAAAGUGUACCAGCCUCCUACUUACAAUCGCAUUAUUAACCAGAUAUCUACUAAUGAGAUUCAGAGCGAUCAGAACUUAAAGGUUCUGCCACCUACCUUACCAACCAUGCCUGCAGUUACCAGUAUUCCGACUUCAACUGAUAAACCAUCUGGGCCCUGGAGAGACUGUCUGCAAGCAUUAGAGGAUGGCCAUGACACCAGCUCCAUCUACCUUGUAAAACCAGAAAACACAAACCGGCUCAUGCAGGUCUGGUGCGACCAGCGGCACGACCCUGGUGGCUGGACCGUCAUCCAGAGACGGCUGGACGGGUCCGUCAACUUCUUCAGGAACUGGGAGACUUACAAGCAAGGAUUUGGUAAUAUAGAUGGAGAAUAUUGGCUCGGACUAGAAAAUAUUUAUUGGUUAACAAAUCAAGGCAACUACAAACUGCUCAUAACAAUGGAAGACUGGUCAGGUCGAAAAGUAUUUGCUGAGUACGCCAGCUUCAGACUGGAGCCAGAAGGUGAAUAUUACAAGUUGAGAUUGGGACGCUACAACGGCAACGCGGGAGAUUCUUUCACUUGGCACAAUGGUAAACAGUUCACCACGCUGGACCGGGACCACGAUGUAUACACAGGUAACUGCGCUCAUUACCAGAAGGGCGGAUGGUGGUACAAUGCAUGUGCUCAUUCGAAUCUCAAUGGGGUUUGGUAUCGCGGAGGACACUACCGCAGUCGAUACCAGGAUGGUGUUUACUGGGCUGAAUUCCGGGGGGGAUCAUAUUCACUAAAGAAAGUGGUUAUGAUGAUAAGACCUAACCCAAACACAUUCCACUGAAAUAAUUCUUCUUUGUUUGCUUUCUUGUUCUAAAAAUCACGUAAAGCUAUGAUCUUAUUAUCUGGAAUUAUCUUUCCAGAAAUGAGGAAUGUAAGAUAUUGUACAUUUAUUGCUAAGAUGUGAGGGCUUGUACAUUGUGUUUUCAAGAAUCAUUCCAGGAAAAAAGAGCUGAAGAAAAAAACAACUGAAAUCACAUAACAUUCAGAACACCUCUUGGUACUAGAAGUAGUUAUAUUUAGCCUUUUCAAACUGGCAGUUUAGAUGGACUGUAGAUAAAAUUUGUGGUUUUUAUUUCCUGUAAAUUAAGUCUGGAUGGAAAAAAAUACUGCCACAACAUUUAAGUAUUUUUGUAUGUUAUAUUAUGUAUAAAUAUUCUCAAAUACAGGAAAUAUUACAAACUGUACAGCAAGAGUUUUAUUAUUAUUAUGAGCAAUCACUUGACACAGAAAAUUAUAUCCCUUGAAUGUGUAGCUGGUAUAUGUACAUUAGCGUGAUUAUUAUAAUUUAAUCUUUGUUAACUGCCACGAAUAAAGUUAGUACUA